AUAGGUUUAUAUAUACGCAUAUAUAUACAUCUCAAAACUUAAACCGCCUUCUUAAAAUCCAAAAUUUAUAAAAACCCUAGCUAGUAGCUAAAUUAAUGUCUCCUCCUUAUUCUUCUUCUUUCUCCGAACAUUAUAUGAAUCUUUCUCAUAAAACCAUGUUUAUGACUCUUUAUAUUGUUUUCCUCUUGGUUUUUGGUUCAUACAACGCCACGGCAAGGAUGAUCGGACCGAUUAAGCUUUCUGAAACGACACUAGUUCAAACAAGAUCAAGACAAGAAGAGAUCAUUGGGGGUUUUAGAUUCAAAGGUCGUGUGUUCCAUUUAUUUUCAAAAAGAGUACUUGUACCACCUUCGGGACCUUCCGUGAGGCAUAAUUCUGUGGUGAAUAAUCUCAAACACUAACUGAAUUUUAUCUUUUGGUUUACUUUCAAUCUCUUAGAAUUUGCUUUGAUUUUUUUUGACAAUUAUGAAAUUGUAUUUAGAAAGAUUCUUAAAGUUGUAUUUAUUU